AUGCCCAUCCUCGAGGAUGCUGCCAAGGCUCUAGUCAACUUCAACGACACGGGUCUAGGUCUCGCCGAGCACUCCCACCGCUCUGAGCUAGCCACCAAGAUUAUUAAUGAGGCCAAGGCUGACCUUUCAACCUUCCUCGAGAUUCCUGACGACUACGAGGUCCUUUUUAUGCAGGGCGGUGGCUCAGGACAGUUUGCAGCUACGGCAUAUAACUUUGCUGGCGCCUGGGUUGCUCGCAAACACAAGGAGCUGGGGUCAGAUGAUGGCUCAAUCGAACAGCUAAAGUCGGCCGUGAAAGACCUCAAGAUCGACUAUAUUAUCACUGGCGGCUGGUCGCAAAAGGCAGCAGCUGAAGCCGAGCGACUCUUCGGCCCCGAGCAUGUCAAUAUUGUGGCGGACAGCCGCAAGCUCAACGCCGGCAAAUUUGGCAUAAUUCCCGACGAGGAUACCUGGAACUUGUCCCGGGAUAGUGCCAUGGUUUACUAUUGCGACAACGAGACAGUCCACGGCGUAGAGUUCCCGGGAUUCCCAAAACGUCUCGAGCCAGGACCUGAUGGACCCGUUGUUGUUGCUGACAUGAGCUCUAAUAUUCUGUCAAGGAAGAUUCCGAUUCGCAACUUCUCAGCCAUCUUUUUUGGCGCGCAAAAUAAUCUAGGAUCUACUGGUAUUACUGUCGUUGUUAUCAAGAAGAGCUUUCUAGCGCAGCCGUCCGCAGCAUUAUUGAGGCAACUGGCGCUACCGAUACCGCCUCGGGCCUUGGAGUAUGAGACGAUUGCCAAGAAUAACAGCCUUUAUAACACACUAAGCAUCUUUGAGUACGCGUGCUCUUGCCAGUAUAUUCUCGAACUAAUUCACAUCUCUAGUGUGUAUAUCGCGGGCCGGGUUCUGAAAAAACUACUACUGCAGCACCCUAGUAGGGUCCAAGGACAGCAGACUCUAUCUGAACAGAAGGCUCAACUCAUCUACGCAGCUCUCGCAGCGCAUCCCGAAAUCUAUCACAUCAUCCCUCAUAAGUCAGUGCGGUCACGUAUGAAUAUCUGCUUCAGGAUUGAGGGUGGCGAUGCUGCCGAGGAAGCUUUCUUGAAGCAAGGUACUGCCAUAGGGCUCACCGGGCUCAAAGGUCACCGUGAUCUGCGAGGAAUCCGAGCAAGCAAUUAUAACUCCAUUCCUCUUGAAGGCGCGGCGAAACUUGCUAACUAUAUUGGCACUUUUGCAUCGCAACGGGGGCAUUGA